ACUCGCAUUCUGCGUAAAUACAGCGCACAGUUAAUCAGUUUGAACUCUCCAUUUGGACUUGAGGACGAUUGAAGAUCUUUAAAUUAUGAGCAAAAAAUAAUCAUAAUAAUAAAAACAAUAACGAUUAAACAUGAGCGCGUGCAACUCCAUCCAUAAAGCUGAGAUCAUCACUGCAGUGUCUGUGACAUUUGGAGCUGCAGCAGUGGGAAUACUCAUCUACAAGACAUUUUUCAGCAAAGGCAAAUGUGUUAAGCCAAAGGUCAACCUUGAUCUGCAGAAAGACAACCCCAAAGUGGUGCAUGCGUUCGACAUUGAGGACCUGGGUGACAAAGCCGUGUACUGUAGGUGCUGGAGAUCCAAAAAGUUUCCAUACUGUGAUGGUGCACAUGCUAAACACAAUCAGGAAACGGGAGACAACGUUGGUCCUCUGAUCAUAAAACGCAAGGAGGCCUGAGUCUUUUUCACUGUUCAUGACAGUCUGUUCUCAGCGAUAGAGAUCAGUGUGUCUUCGCUUUACAUGUGUAGUCAGGGCUGAUGGGAUUAAACGUGUGAUUAUAUUAUCCUGUGUAUGUGUGCUUGAUCAUGUACUGUAUGCUUGACAGGUUCCAGUGAUCUGCUCUCAGACCAGUGCUCGCUCUCUCUCUCUCUCUCUCUCUCUCUCUCUCUCUCUCUCUAUCUAUCUAUCUAUCUAUCUAUCUGGGUGGAUGUUAAGCAAUACAUAUCGGUUUUCAAUUUUAUUUUUAAUCUUCUUAGACUUUACGGGAUAUGUUCUGGUAUAACCAAACUCUCCUAAAUAUGUUUCUGUGCUUAAACACUGGUCAUAUUAUUGUAGAUGCACUAGAGACAAAAACUUGAAUUGAAAAAACACAUUAGUCUGAGUUUGAACUGAAUCUUGUUUGUUUUAGGCGAUAAAUAUGAAUGUGAAAUGAGGAAGAAACCAAAUGGCCAUCUUCUCAUGUUUUGGUUCCAUGUAUUAAACCUCACAUGUGACCUUACUGACAUUAAAUAUAUUUAAAGUGGCAUUCUCCUAUAUCUGUAUAUUUUGAAUCAUAGUCACAGAAUCUGACAGGUACUGUUUUGUCAUUUAAAAUCUAAUUUGGAGGAUUUUGCCUAGUGUCAUUCAGAUGUGAGUAUCUGUUUAUAUAACAACAAAAUGUUACAUAGAGCAAAAUCAUGUUUUGAUGACCUUGUCUUUUCUGUGAAAUGAUUGUAUUUUCUCUCUCAGAAAAGUACACUGUACACGUUUGAUGUUAAAUAAACAGUUUCAAACUGA